AUGACUACUAACCCGAUAUCUCCUAUCGAGAAUUUGAAGGAACUUAUAAAAUUUUUUGGUUUAUUAACUGGUGCCGUCGGAAUAAAUUGCACAGAACCAAAUUACCGUUUAAAUGCAAAGGCGAUUGUAAUCUUAUUCUUUCUUUUAGUAUAUUGUGUUUCUACGUCGUGGAUAAUUAUCGAAACCAUACAGAGAGACUGGAAGAGCACUUUGGAGAUCCUUUCAACUGUUGGAAGUGCUGUGCUAAUAUCUACAAUACUGAUGAAUGCAAAAAUGUAUAGUAAUGAACUGUAUUAUCUGCAAACGCUACUCGUCCGUUUAUACAAGGAAUAUGAGAAAAGAGACAGAAGCUAUGUCACUGCAUUGAAUGGGUGCUGUGUGCAAGUCAAAGUAUUUAUGAAAUGGACAGCUUUACUCUAUAUAUUUCUGUCUUUUAUACUGACAUCACCACCAUUCAUGUUAUGGAUAUUUAAAGGACGACAUGAGUUGAUAUUACCUUAUUAUAUCCCUGGUUUAAACCUUGAGACGUUGACAGGUUAUUUAAUAACACUUGUUGUGCAAGUGAUCUCGGCAAUUUUAUCAACUUUUGUUUUUUAUGUCGGUGAUUUAUUUUUAAUCUUUUAUUUCGUUCAAAUUAAAAGUCUUUGUGAAAUAUUUCGUUUAAAGGUAAAAGACUUUAAUAACCUCAUUGAUAGUGCACAGCAUAGAGAAACACCUGACAUCGAUGAAGGUUUAAUUGAUAUUAGUGAAGAGAUAGAAUAUGAGAUAUACAACAUAUCCUGGUACAAUUUGUCGGUGUCCCAACAAAAAGUUGUGAGGCUCAUAUUGAUGCAGUCGCAGCAGCCAAAUCAAAUGAUGCUAGCCGGAGUCAUGCCACUAUCAGUUGCUACGGCUUUGCAAAUAACAAAAACAUUAUAUAGCACUUUUAUGAUGAUGGUUGAGUUUAUAAAAAAUUAA